GGUUGACAAAUGUCAGUUAGACAAGAUCAAGUCAAGAAUUUUUGGAUAUUAAAAAACAUGUUAACAUAUUAAAUAAUUUUAUUUUAGAAGAAUAAUAAAUAUUAAUAAGAAAGGAUCUCAUUAAGCUUAACAAUGUCUGACGAUGCAGAGCAACAGGCUGAAGAGAUAGAAGUUCUUAAAUCAAUUUAUGAAGGAGAUGAAAAUUUCAAACAAGUUGAUGCAAAAUCUUACCAGUACAAGUACAUAGAGGGAGAUAAGUCAUUCAUAUUAGAAAUAUUAUGGGGACCCACAUAUCCCACAGAGAAGCCAAGUUUUAAUUUAGAAAUAUUUUAUAAUCAAAGUUUAUUACCUUCGGUAAAAGAUAAAAUACUUUCUGUAGUAAAUGCGGAAGCUGAUCAGUGGGUGGGAUGUGCAAUGACUUAUACCUUGUUUGAAUGUCUCAAAGAAAAGGUUUCGGAAAUCUUAGCUGAACAAAUGGAGGAGGCUGUUGUUGCGAGAGUCGAAAAAAUUGCUAUUACAGAACAGACUGAAUCAAAGAAACCUGAGAAAAAGGAACAGAUGAGUAAAGCGCAGAAACGCCGGGCGUGGGACCGCGCGGAGAUCGGGCGCGCGGGGGAGCGGCCGCGCGGCUGGGACUGGGUCGACAUCGUCAAACACCUCUCGCAGGCGCCCCACCAGCCCUCUUGACACUGAACACACCGCAUACUCGUGGUUGAUAUAUCAUUUCCGACUAUAAAUGACAUACGAUCGAACUAUUGGUUGCCUGCGAUCUGUAUAAAUACAAGAUCUUAAAUUAAAAUAAAUAAAGCCUUCGAAUGUUUAAUAAACUUUUUUUUGAUAUUUUUUUUUACGUGAUAUUUCAUGUGGCAAUAUCUAUAAUACCUAUAUUUAGUAUGACCUUAGAAAAGGCUGUAAGAGACUUGUCUCUGGAGCCUAAAAUUAAUAAAAAAGUAAAUUAUAUAACGAUGAUUUUUUUUAUUUCAUUAUCAAAUAAUUAUUUGUUAUUAUAUAAUAUGAAUAUAGGUACUGGGUUACCUGAGUGAUUAUUGCUAUUAAUAAAAUAGAUUAACUGCCAAUUUAUCAGAUAAAACAUUUACUAUAUAAAGCCAUUGUAUAACGCUAAUCCAUGGUAAGGUUACAUAAAUGCCUGAAGUUAUUCAUAUUAAUUGCAAUUUAGAAUCAUGGUUUUGUUUCGAAUUUAGAACUUCUUUUUUAUUUCGUAUUUAAUAUUAAAUAGCAACAUUUAUAAGGUUAAUGUUGUUUUUUUUUUGUAAUUAGAUAUUCAUGAAUAGAUGAAUAAUUAUUUACGGUAAAUUCCCAAAACAAUAUUU